AAAAAAAAAAAAGCCUGAUAAACUACCUUGUAAAAUCCAAUUUGUUGACACAUAUGGUGUUGUAAAUCCAGCAAUGUUGCGUGCACAUUUGGUUCUCUUGAGAAAAUUCAAUAUGUUGGAGCAAUCGGAUAAAUGUGUUGAUACGAGAUAUUUAUUACGUGCGCAAGAACGUUAUGUACUUUGGCUGAAUUUACUUUGUAAUCAAAACUUAGACCAAGAAGCUGAGCUAAUUCCGCCCAUAGACUUGUGUAGAAUUUAUGAUCCUUAUCAAAAGUUUCCAGAUUGUCCUUUAAAAAAAUUAGUAAAAAGUAAUGGUAGUCAUACUGAUCCUGCAUCUGAACGUAUUUGGACGGAAAAAACUAAACAACCAUGGGUUCUUGAUCCAAAUGAUAGUUCUGAUUUUAAGAUUGAAUAUAGGGAGAAAUAUGUGCAAACCUCUGAUGCAAAUGAAAAUUGUCUAAUAUGUUACGCUCAACAUUCUAUUGAAACCCUAAGCGUAAAACGAUUUAUUGAUGAUGUUAGCGCCUGGAAUAAGGAUAAAUCCAGACUGAUUGGAAAAUAUCAAUUAUUAUUCACUGCUAAUAACAUUAAUGUAUUAACAAAUUGUGAUAGAUAUGAAUGGGCGCAUAUAAACAAACGACUCAAUUUACAAAUUAAAAAUAUGAAGAAAGAAAUUGUCCAGCGUGUCAUACCUGCCUAUAGUGGAAUUCCAUUAUCAUUUUCAAUUGAUCUUGUUAGUGCAGUAUAUCGGCAACGUAGAUUUACUGAAAAGAUAGUUAAAAAUAAGUGGAUUGAUCGUUUAGAAGUUCAAGAAAACGCCAUAACACGUUAUCUUAAAUUCUUAUCAUUAAUAAAAGAGAAGUGA